ACCUCCAACACUCGCUAUCGGACAUUACAUAGGUAUCGAUCGAUAUCGUUUUCGGUCUUGGUAUCGACACCUUCUCGGUAUUUCAGUAUCGAUCCGCCCCCUGCUCCCAGGCUGGCUAGUUGAUGCUGGAUCGGUCAGUCCGUCGCUGCAGUCUCUCACAGCGGCUGGGUUUUUCUCUUUAUCGACCCCGUCUCCGCGGAGCUUCGCCCGGAUAUGUGGCUCUGAACCGACGGAGGACCGGAUCACGACGGCUUGAACAACCAUUCGUGGACAUGAGGACAAAAAAAAAGGAUUUUCACCGAGCAAAUGAGAAAAGAAUCGCCAUGACCGUUUUCCUGAUGUCUAGUCGCUCCUCCUCCUCCUCCUCCGAGGGAACUUGGCCCUUUUUGGUUUCCGGACGUACCGACGCAGGGAUGAGAUAAUAAAGCCAACCAGCCGGUGCAUGCUGCUACUACAACAACACCCGUGGCACCCGUAAAACAAACAAAAAAAAAAAAACCCACCCCGCCCUGCCCCAGGUUUAGUUCGUUCAAACGGUCGGAAACAUGACGACGCCGGCUCUGCUGCCGCUGUCGGGACGCAGGAUACCCACCCUGUCGCCGGGCGCCUCGUCCUUCCCGCACCACAGGGCCACGCUGAGGCUGUCCGAGAAGUUCAUCCUCCUCCUUAUUCUCAGUGCCUUCAUCACCUUAUGCUUCGGGGCCUUCUUUUUCCUCCCGGACAACUCCAAGCACAAGCGCUUCGACCUGGGCUUGGAGGACGUGCUCAUCCCUCACAUCGACACUCCCAAGGAGGGGAAGCACGCGUCCGGACAGGUGGUCAUACACGGGCAGGGAGCACACGACGAGCACAGACACAGGGAGGAGGAGGAAAGCCUGCGAGAUAAGAUCCGUGCGGACCACGAGCGAGCUCUGCAGGAGGCCAAAGAGAAGCUGAGGAAGUCGCGCGAGGAGCUGCAGGCCGAGAUCCAGACGGAGAAGAACAAAGUGGUGGAGGACCUGAAGAAGAAGGACCCGGGCCCUAAACCUUUGCCUCCCGUGCCCAUGCCCAAGGUGGUGGGCGUGAGCGACGGCGAACCAUCGGAGCCCGACGUCAAGGAGAAACGCGACAAGAUCAGAGAGAUGAUGAAGCACGCGUGGGACAGCUACCGACAGUACGGCUGGGGCCACAACGAGCUGAAGCCCCUCGCCAAGAAGGGACAUUCUACUAACAUCUUCGGUAACUCUCAGCUAGGAGCGACCAUAGUGGACGCCUUGGACACUCUAUACAUCAUGGGUCUGCACGAGGAGUUCAAGGACGGUCAGGAGUGGAUCGAACAGAACCUGGACUUCGGUGUGAAUGCCGAGGUGUCUGUGUUUGAGGUCAACAUUCGGUUCAUCGGAGGACUGCUGGCUGCAUACUACCUCUCCGGACAGGAAAUGUUCAAACUGAAGGCAGUCCAGCUCGCUGAGAAGCUGCUUCCUGCCUUUAACACCCCCACUGGGAUCCCCUGGGCCAUGGUCAACCUGAAGAGCGGCGUCGGCCGUAACUGGGGUUGGGCUUCAGCCGGCAGCAGCAUCCUCGCCGAGUUUGGGACUCUCCACAUGGAGUUUGUCCACCUCACCUACCUGACAGGAAACCCUGCCUACUACCAGAAGGUGAUGCACAUCCGGAAGCUGCUGGCCAAGAUGGACCGACCCAACGGGCUGUACCCGAACUACCUGAACCCCCGCACUGGGCGCUGGGGCCAACAUCACACCUCGGUUGGAGGACUGGGGGACAGUUUCUACGAGUACCUGCUGAAGGCGUGGCUCAUGUCGGACAAGACCGACACGGAGGCUCGCAAGACCUACGACGACGCCAUCGAGGCCAUCGAGCGCCACCUGAUCCGCAAGUCCAACGGCGGCCUGACGUUCAUCGGCGAGUGGAAGAACGGCCACCUGGAGAGGAAGAUGGGCCACCUGGCCUGCUUCGCCGGCGGCAUGUUCGCGCUGGGUGCUGACGGUUCGCCCGACGACAAGGCCGGACACUACCUGCAGCUCGGGGCCGAGAUCGCGCACACCUGCCACGAGUCCUACGACAGGACGGUGCUGAAGCUCGGCCCGGAGGCCUUCAAGUUCGACAGCGGCCUGGAGGCGGUGGCCGUCCGGCAGAACGAGAAGUACUACAUCCUGCGUCCGGAGGUCAUCGAGACCUACUGGUACAUGUGGAGGUUCACCCACGACCCCAAGUACCGGCAGUGGGGCUGGGAGGCGGCGCAGGCCAUCGAUAAAUACUGCAGGGUGAGUGGAGGCUUCUCCGGGGUGAAGGACGUCUACUCGUCCAACCCGACCUACGACGACGUGCAGCAGAGCUUCUUCUUGGCCGAGACGCUCAAGUAUCUCUACCUGCUGUUCUCCAGCGACGACCUGAUGCCGUUUGAGAGCUGGGUCUUCAACACGGAGGCUCACCCUCUCCCCGUCCUCCACCUGGGCAACAUCACCCUCCCCGGCAGCGAGCCGGCUCAUCGGUAGACGGACCAGGACGUCGUCGUCCUCUUCUGCCGCCAUAGCACCUGGGGAGAGGUGGGGGUAGAGGGGGGGGUUUGGGGACGCCACCACCUCCACCCACCUGUCCGACCCACUCGCCCGCCCGCCUGCCCAAACACCCACCCACCCACCAACCCACCCACCAACCCACCAACCAACACACCGGACAAACUUACAUUCAGACUCUGGGCUGCAGACGUGACCCGGAGGACGGAGAGACGGCUCCUUCCGGCUCAGGGGGGAGAGGACUCGUCGGCCCCGCUCUCCUUCUCCGUCGUCUUCUUCUUCUCCUUCUUCUACGUUUUGACUCUCUUCGUCGAUCUGUGUCUUCUCUGCUUAAACGGGACGGGGACGGUGGGUGCGCCGCUCAGCCUCUCGUCGGAUUUGAACAAACUCUUCCUCUGUGAGAGCUUCCGGACGCGAGGCUCGGCCCAGCUUGUUUUCUAUUAUUUUUCUCGUCUUUAUUUGACCAAACGCCUCCACCUCCCCACCCCCCAAACACCCCUCCACCUUACUGACUCAAUCUGAGGCACUGAGAGUGCACGUGGAGGGAUGGGGGCGGGGGGUUGUGAAGGAUCAGUCAAUCGGUUUAACUCUGAACUGAUGGAUUUUCUUUCCAAGUAGACAGACUUGAGGACUUUACAGGGUCUGUUGAUGAGAUGUUUAGUUUUUGUUUUUGUUUUUUUGUGGGAGGGGGCACAGGGUUGAAUCAGAGCCCACCCCACCCCACCCCACCCUAGUCCACUUCCUCUUUAAUCUUCAUCAGAUGAAUUUCGACCUGUUAGCAGAUCUUCACAUCAUCAUGAGUUGUGCCAACAGUCCCUUCCUCCUCCUCCUCCUCCUCCUCCACUCAG